ACUUCAGGAUUCUCUCUUUCUGGCCCAGCCCUCUAGUCUCCAAAAUCCCAGUACCUUGUUCUCCUUCCGAGGAUACCAUGACGCUCCUCAUACUCCUGCUAGAGGUGAUUUGGAUCAAGGCUGCAUUCGGGGGUCAGCACUGGACUUAUGAGGGCCCACAUGGUCAACACCAUUGGCCAGCCUCUUACCCUGAGUGUGGACGCAAUGCCCAGUCCCCGGUCAAUAUCCAGACAGACAGUGUGACUUUUGACCCGGAGUUGCUCCCUCUGCAGCCCCAUGGAUAUGACCAGCCUGGCACCAGGCCUUUGGAGCUGCGCAACAAUGGCCACACAGUGCAACUCUCUCUGCCCCCUACCCUGCAUCUGGAGGGACUUCCCCAAAAAUAUGUAGCUGCCCAGCUCCACCUGCACUGGGGUCAGAAAGGAUCCCCGAAGGGGUCUGAGCACCAGAUCAACAGUGAAGCCAGCGCUGCAGAGCUCCACAUCGUGCACUAUGAUUCUGAUACCUACAACAGCUUGAGUGAGGCUGCUCAGAUGCCUCAGGGCCUGGCCGUCUUGGGCGUCCUCAUUGAGGUGGGUGAGACGAAGAAUCCAGCUUAUGAACACAUUCUGAGUCACUUGCAUGAAAUAAGGUAUAAAGAUCAGAACACCUCAGUGCCUCCCUUCAACAUGAGAGAGCUGCUCCCCCCAGUGCUGGCACACUUCUUCCGUUACAACGGCUCGCUCACCACGCCCCCCUGCUACCAGAGUGUGCUCUGGACAGUCUUCAGCCGAAGGGCCCAGAUUUCAAGGGAACAGCUGGAAAAGCUUCAGGAGACACUGUUCUCUACAGAGGAGCCCUCUAAGCUCCUGGUGCAGAACUACCGAGCCCCCCAGCCUCUCAAUCAGCGAACGAUCUUUGCUUCUUUCAUCCAAGCAGAAUCCUCAUACACCACAGGUGAAAUGCUGAGCCUAGGAGUGGGAAUCUUGGUCGGCUGUCUCUGCCUUCUGCUGGCUGUUUAUCUCAUCGCCAGGAAGAUUCGGAAGAAGGUGUCAGGGGACCAGAAGAGCGUGGCCUUCACCUCAGCACCAGUCACCGAGGCAUAGACUCCCUCUCGGACAUCAUGGAUGCCUUCCCAUCACACCUGUCAGGGAGCUUCCAGGACGGGGUGCAGAGACUGGCCACGAUUACUGUAGAAGUAGCAGGCAGACACCCCUCCUUCCUCCAGUCACGGAUGGGUUCUCAUUCAAGGAAGUACAGCCGAGCCUUCAGUCUCUCAAAACACAUGGGAGAUCAGGAGACGCCCCUCCAUUGAUAACACAGACUGUGCUUAAUUGUAGGGGAAGUUGAGGAUGUGGCCCAAAGUCCCCCACCCCUUCUCUUUUCUGCCCCUUUGCCUAGAUAUGGGCAAGAUAUCCCCUUAUGAAAAAGGGUUGCUUUUGGAGGGGAAGGGGGUAUUUUUGCUCAAUAUAUUUGGAAAUUAAAGUUUCUGACUCAUAUCUGGCUUUACCUUUGGGGAUUUUGAGAGUGGGAGAGUUCCUUAAUCCCUCAGGUGGCAGAGGUGGGCAAAGCAUAGGGAAGAAGCAGCAUGAGUGAGUAGCUUCUUUUACCCCAAUCUUGGAAGGGGGGACCCUGAAAAAUGCUUAACCC